CUGAAGCCUGGUCCAUUUCGCAGUGAAUUCAUCGAUCAAGCAAUGGAGUUGAUUCUGAACCUAGCUGACGAUUUAGCCUGCAAAUGCUUGAUUCGAGUUCCGCACGAGCAGUUGGGAGUUGCUGCUUCGAUCUAUGAUGAGUGGAAGAUCGAGAUAGUCCUGUCCACUUUGCCGCCAAUUCCACGCACCGAGCUCCCGGAGUAUAAGUUAAUUCAACUGGUGAUGGCUGGGGCUUGGUCGGAGCUUGUGGUCUUGGAGAAGAGCACUUCUCUCACGUCGUCGGACACCCUAAGUUCUGUGUUCAUAUAUAGUUUCCUAUCCAAGCAGUGGCGGCCCGGAACUGAUAUACUUGGAGGGAUCCGCGUGAAUUUCGCCUGUGCAUCUGAUGGUGAGCGGAUGGUGUAUGUGGCCGGCGGAUGCAACAGCAAGGGCUAACUGUUAAAGUCUGUCAUGGCUUACGACGUAGUGUUGGACAAAUGGAUUGAGAUGCCCCACAUGGCAAGGGCCAAAAUGUGCGAGGGCAGCUUCGUCGGUGGCAGGUUCCAGGUCACUAGCAGGCGUAUUGCUCCCGAGCGGUACGGGAAGAUUGAUGAGACGUUCGAUCCCGUCACAUGGCGCUGGCUCCCCACUCAAGAUCCGAACCUUCACAAGUGCCGCAAAUCCUUCCCUAUCAAGUUCGAGGAUGGAAACAUGAUUGUCACUCCGGUCAGUUCUGCCGGGACGGAUAUCGUGAAGUUACCGUCGAACACAUCACACGGCGUGGCGUUCUUGGGGGAGAGGCCGAUGGUGGUUGGGUCCCAGGGUUUCAAAUCCUAUUUGUUGGAUCUUAAUACAUUCUUAUGCACUGAGAUUGAAGCUCCUGAUGCGUUUACCGAAGAUGCCUUUCGCAUUAUAUGGCUGGGCUAUAUAGGUUGAUUGAUGUCCAUAAAAUCAUGUAAAACAGGAAGAGGGAUCGCGGGAUCACGGUUUAAUUCCUUGAUUAACACAUUCUUUAGAGAUUCGUC